AUGGCAAAAAUGGAUGAUCAUAGUAAAUUAGCAUCGGCUCCCUCGUUUACAAGGAAACUUUCCCUGAUCAUGAAGUUGGCAGGACCAACAAAAAAGAAGGAGACCUCCGUUGAGUCGGUACUUGAAGAAGGCGCAACUGAUGAACAAGUGGGGCAGCUGCAUAUCACUCAUGCUCAUACUGAAGAGACUCCAAAAAUCAUAGAAAUUAAAGAUGUUGUUUCUGUGAAUAUCGAUGAUUUUGUGCCGGAUGCAGGAUACUAUGCAAUGUCAGGUCAAGUAGAUAAAGGUAAUUGGGAUAAGGGGCAAGAAGUGAUGGAUGUAUAUAGCAAGAUAUCAGAACGAACCAAGGUCAUUGAAAAGAUCCUGUUAAGUAAAAUGGAUAUUCAUAUAUAUGACAAGGCAUCUACUGGGCAGUUGAAAUUCAUGGAGGAUGUGGUAAAUACCUUAGAAGGUGAAGAUCUCAAGGAAAUGCACAAAGAUAUGGGUGGUACAGCCCUUCACCUUGCUGCCAUUGUUGGAUGUACCAGAAUUGUGAAGGCAAUAUCAAGCAAGGGUUUCAAUUUAACCGAGAUACCCGAUAGAGAUGGAAACAUACCACUUGUGGUUGCUGCGGAAAAUCUUUUCCAACAUAAACAAAAGGAGAUGGUGGAGCAUCUUUGCGAUGUCACUCCAAAAGAGUGCGCAGAACUCCACACCAAUGUUACUGCAGGCGGUAGACUAAUCUGCAAUAUAAUUAACGCUGAUCAUUAUGAUACCGCCUGUCGUUUGAUCAAGAAAUUCCCACAGUUGGCUAUCGCGAAAGAUGACCAUGGUUCAUGUGCAUUAGAAGUAUUGGCUCAAAGGCCUUUCGCCUUUCAAAGUGGAAGUUGGCUAACACCUUGGCAACGCAUCAAGUACUCUGCUAUUAAGGUGGAUUUGGCUGCUCAUGAACCGCUUCGUGCUCCUCAAUAUGUUUAUAACUGCCCAGAAUCUGACCUAGAAAAGGGUGAAGGAGACCCUGAUUUGGAGUUGUACUUUCAACAAACUCAAGGUUUUUUGACCAGGAGAUUCCACAAAGCGCUCGGUCUCACUUGCGCCUACAAGGAAAAAUUAAUGCACCGUCAAGCACUGGAGUUGGUUAAAUGCAUAUGUAGAGAGCUUCCAAGCGUGUUAAAAAAAUCAGACGAUGAAAUAGUUCACAAUAAUAAAGAUGAACAACGUCUUCUCAAGGAAUUCUUCGAAAAUACAAGCAUAUUAAGUUCUGCUGCUAGUUCCGGGGCUGUUGAAGUUUUAGAGGAAUGUAUUCAAAUAAUGCCAGAAUUAAUUAUGCUUGAUAUGGAGAAGCAAUCACCACUAGCAGUUGCAAUCGGACAAAGAACUGAUAGGAUUUUCAACUUGAUUCUUGAUAUGACUAAUGAUAAUAAAGAUAAAUUUGCUUCUAUUAGGGACAAAGACGGUAACACAUUGUUGCAUUUAGCUGCCAAGUUAGCGCCAUCAGCUCGACUAAGUGAAAUAUCUGGCCCAGCUCUUCGGAUGCAGCGAGAGCUUCAAUGGUUCAAGGAGGUGGAACAUUUUACACCACAAAAAGAUAAGCUAAUUACAAACAACGACGGAAUGACUGCUCGAGCUCUUUUCACAGAACAACAUGAGAACCUAAUGAAACAAGGAGAAGAAUGGAUGCAACGGACAGCUGGGUCAUGCAUGGUAGUUGCUGCCCUCGUGACUACAGUAUUGUUUGCCGCCGCUUUUACUAUACCCGGUGGAAACUAUAGUGACAGCGAUAGCGAAAAUAACGGUACACCAAUUUUUCUACAUAACAUGGCAUUUCUAUUGUUUCUAGCAUCAGAUGCCUUGGGUCUCUUCUCUUCCCUCACAUCAGUUCUUGCCUUUUUAUCUAUCGUAACCUCAAGUUAUACCGAAAAAGAUUUCCUUAGGUCAUUGCCGAAGAAGUUGAUCCUUGGUCUCUUAAGUCUCUUCUUGGCAAUAGUUUCCAUGAUGAUCGCUUUCAGUGCGGCACUUGCUAUCGUUCUCGGACCAAGAUUUUCAUGGUUUCCACUUUUUAUCACAGUCACCACUUGUGUUUUCUUGAUCACCUAUGCGGUUUUGCAGCUUCCUUUAUUUAUCGAGAUGGUUCAUGCCACUUAUUGGCCUAAACUCUUUAGAACAAGAGGCAAGCUAACUAAAAUUAUAAGACAUUCUAGUGCAUCUUUACAUAGAAAUAAGAGACACUAA